AUGCCGCUAAACAAAAUCAACCAACCAAACUUUUUCCUUUUUUUUAAUUUUUCUUUUUCUUUUUUAUCAUUCUCUUUUCCGUUGUCUUUUUCUUCUUUUCCUAUUUUCUCUCUUUUUUUCCUUUUCGCAUUUUCCAAUUUUUCUUUAUCUAUUUUUUUCUUUUUUAUCUUUUUCUUUUUUCCUAUUUUUUCUUCUUUUUUUUCUUUUUCCUCGUUGCCUUUUUGGGGAUUUUUUUCUUUUUCCUCUUUUACUUUUCCUUUUUUUCUCCUUUUUUUUUAUCUUACCUCUUCACCUUUUUUUUUUCUUAUUUUUUAUUUUUCUAUUUUCCUUUUUUUUCCCUAUUUUUGCUUUUCCCUUUUUUCCCCUGUUUUUUCUUCUUUAUCUUUUUUCUCCUCUUUUCUUUAUUUUCUUGUGAUUUUCUCCUCUUCCUUUUUCUCUAUCUUUUCUUCUUCUUUUUUUCUCUUUUAUUAUUUUUUUCUUCUCUUUUUUCUACUUUUUCUAUUUUCCACUUUUACUUUUUCCUAUUUUUCUUUCUUUUUUUUUUUUAAUAAUUUUCUGCAGUGUUUUCAUCUUUUCAUUCUUAAACACAUUCUUUCUUUCUUUCUUUCUUCAUUAUUUUUUUUCUUUCCUGACCAUUUUAUACCUUUUCUUUUUUUUCUUUAUUUCUUCUUCCUUUAUUUCCAUUUAUUAACUUCCUUGAUUCUUUCUUUCUUUUUUUUAUGGAAUCACGUUCUUUCCGUCUUCUUUUUUUCUAUCUUUAUUCCCCCUUUUCUUUUCAUCAUUUACUCUUCUUUUUUUUCCCCACUCCCUUGCAUAGCUUCAACUUCUUUUUCUCUUUCUCCUCCUCCUUCCGACCGUUUGCUUCUUCCUAUCUUCUACAUGUCUCAUAACGUUCUUUUUCUUUUUCUUUUCCUUUUCUAUUUUCUUCUUUCCUUUUUUUCAACUUCUCUUUCGCUUUCUGCUCCCCCCCACCACCACUUCCGUUCGUUUGUUUCUUUCCAUCUUCUACUUAUCUCAUUACGUUCUUUUGCCUUUUCUUUCGACCGUCCAUUCUAUUCAUCCCAAUCGCCCAAUGGAUCCCUAUUUCAGCUACCAAGUAUCACUGGAACAAUAUCUAUCUAUCUAUCUAUCUAUCUAUCUAUCUAUCUAUCUAUCUAUCUCAGUCUGUUCGUAUCUAUAUAUCUAUAUCUCAAUCUGUUCAUAUCUAUCUAUCUAUCUAUCUAUCUAUCUAUCUAUAUAUAUAUCUAUCUUAAUCUCUGUCUCUCUAUAUCUAUCUAUCUAUCUAUCUAUCUAUCUAUCUAUCUAUCUAUCUGUCACUGUUCAUAUCUAUCUAUCUAUCUAUCUAUCUAUCUAUCUAUCUAUCUAUCUAUCUAUUUAUCUAUCUAUCUGAAUCCGUUCGUAUCUAUCUAUCUGAAUCCGUUCCUAUCUAUCUAUCUAUCUAUCUAUCUAUCUAUCUAUCUAUCUAUCUAUCUAUCUAUCCUUUUCAUUCUCUUGAUAUCUAUCUAUCUAUCUAUCUAUCUAUCUAUCUAUCUCAUUCUGUUCAUAUCUAUCUAUCUAUCUAUCUAUAUAUCUAUCUAUCUAUCUAUCUCCAUAUCCAUCGUCUCUCUUUCUGCCUAUCUCGGUCUAUUGAUAUCUAUAUGUCUGCCUGUAUCUAUCUAUUUGCUUAUAUCUAUCUUCCUGUGUGUUCAUAUCUAUCUAUCUAUCUAUCUAUCUAUCUAUCUGAAUCCGUCCGUAUCUAUCUGUCUCAGUCUGUUCGUAUCUAUCUAUCUAUCUAUCUAUCUAUCUAUCUAUCUAUCUAUCUAUCUAUCUCAGUCUGUUCAUAAUCUAUCUAUCUAUCUAUUUGAAUCCGUUCGUAUCUAUCUAUAUAUUUAUCUCAAUUUGUUCGUAUCUAUCUAUCUAUCUAUCUAUGUAUCUAUCUAUCUAUCUGAAUCCGUCCGUAUCUAUCUGUCUCAGUCUGUUCGUAUCUAUCUAUCUAUCUAUCUAUCUAUCUAUCUAUCUAUCUAUCUAUCUAUCUAUUUGAAUCCGUUCGUAUCUAUCUAUAUAUUUAUCUCAAUUUGUUCGUAUCUAUCUAUCUAUCUAUCUAUCUAUCUAUCUAUCUAUCUAUCUAUCUAUCAUCGUCUGUUCAUGUCUCUUUCUUUCUAUCUAUCUCAGUCUAUUGAUAUCUAUAUGUCUGCCUGUUCAUAUCUAUCUAUCUAUCUAUCUAUCUAUCUAUCUUUCGCCGGUUUUCAUAUGAUUCAGUAA